AUGCUGCAGCAACAGCAACAGCAGCAGCAGCAACAGCAGCAGCAGCAACGGGGUAGACGAGGCGUGACAGCACAGCGGCUGAGGGGCACGGCUGUCUCUUUGUUUCGCGAUGAAGACGGAGACGAAGCUUUUGAGUUCUUCUGCGUAGAUGCUAAGGGGCGCCCCCGCAAGGUCGCUGCUACUUCUCUCCAGUGUCUAGGGAGGCGGCCGCUGCCACGCUUGCUGUGA